GCACGGGAGACCUCAGACUCGAAAGUAAGCGCGGAGCCGCCAACGAGUUUAGUGAAACGCCACAGCUGCAGUGAAAAUGUGUGCGAGUUUUAGACUUAAAGCAUGGCAAGGAUAACAAAACUGAUGAUCGCGACAGAACAGCUGGUGGUCACGUCACUGCGGAUGAUGUUAUAGAGGACACAGAGGCAUUCUGGGAAAGAACUAAGAGGACACUGGCCCAGUGAGGUGCUUUUGAGACUUUCGGUGUCCCUGCGGUUGUCCCAUUUUUCAGAGUGUUGGUGCCCAUUGCGGCUUAGGACCGGAUCCUCACCCCAUGGUGCUAAACAUGGUGCUCAGAGGCUGCCCCCUCGUCCUGCUCCUCUUAGUGGUCGCUGAGGCCGUGGCUGGCCCUCCGCAUGCCUUCCAGACCUUCAGCCCUCCCGAGGGAGGCCUCACUCACCUGGUGGUCCACAACAAGACGGGCGAGGUGUACGUGGGAGCGGUCAACUGGAUCUACAAGCUCUCCAGCAACCUGACCCAGCUGCGCAACCACAUGACCGGCCCCGUGGUGGACAACGAGAAGUGCUACCCGCCGCCUGGCGUCCAGUCGUGCCCCCACGAGCUGGUGCAGACCAACAACGUCAACAAGCUGCUGCUGCUGGACUACGGCCAGAACCGCCUCAUCGCCUGCGGCAGCACCUCGCAGGGCAUCUGCCAGUUCCUGCGACUUGACGACCUCUUCAAGCUGGGUGAGCCGCACCACCGCAAGGAGCACUACCUUUCCAGCGUCUCCGAGUCCGGCACCAUGUCCGGGGUGGUCAUCAACGGCUACGAGGGUGGCGGCAGCACAGGGAAGCUGUUUGUCGGCACUCCCAUUGAGGGCAAGUCCGAGUACUUCCCCACGCUCUCGAGCCGCAAGCUGAUGGCCAACGAGGAGAACGCGGACAUGUUCAGCUUCGUCUACCAGGACGAGUUUGUCUCCUCGCAGCUCAAGAUCCCCUCGGACACGCUCUCCAAGUUCCCCACGUUCGACAUCUACUACAUCUACAGCUUCAGCAGCGAGCAGUUCAUCUACUAUCUCACCCUCCAGCUGGACACGCAGCUGACCUCGCCCGACGCCAGCGGCGAGCAGUUCUUCACCUCCAAAAUCGUGCGGCUCUGCGUGGAUGACCCCAAGUUCUACUCCUACAUCGAGUUCCCAAUCGGCUGCACAAAGGACGGCGUGGAGUACCGCCUGGUGCAGGAUGCCUACCUCAGCCGGCCAGGGACCCGGCUGGCGCGCUCGCUGGGGAUUUCCGAGCGGGAGGAGGUCCUCUUCACGGUCUUUGCGCAGGGCCAAAAGAACCGGGCCAAGCCACCCAAGGAGUCGGUGCUCUGUCUGUUCACCCUGCGCAAGAUCAAGGAGAAGAUCAAGGAGAGGAUCCAGUCAUGCUACAAGGGAGAGGGGAAGCUGUCUCUGCCCUGGCUACUCAACAAGGAGCUGGCCUGCAUCAAUUCACCACUUCAAAUAGAUGACAACUUCUGUGGGCAGGACUUCAAUCAGCCCCUGGGUGGGACCAGCACCAUCGAAGGGCUGCCACUGUUUGUGGACAAGGAGGACGGAAUGACCUCGGUGGCUGCCUAUGACUAUCGUGGGCACACGGUGGUGUUCGCAGGCACCCGCAGCGGUCACAUUAAAAAGAUCCUGGUGAACUCGGUCAACCAGCCGGCGCUGCUGUACGAGAACAUGGCGGUGAGCGAGGGGAGCCCCAUCCUGAGAGAGCUGCUCUUCAGCCCCAGCCACCAGCACCUCUACGUGCUCACGGGGAAGGAGGUAAGCCGUAUUCCAGUGGAGAGCUGUGAGCAGUACCGUGGCUGCAGUGAGUGCCUGGGCUCGGGGGAUCCCCACUGCGGCUGGUGUGUCCUCCACAAUGUGUGCUCGAGGAAGGACCGUUGUGAAAGGGCCGAGGAGCCUCAGCGCUUCACCUCCAGGAUAGACCAGUGUGUGCGUCUCAGUGUGCAGCCCAGCAACAUCUCAGUCACCAUGUCAGAAGUACAGUUAGUCCUGCAGCCCCAGAAUGUGCCUAACUUGGCAGCCGGCGUCAACUGCUCCUUCGAGGAUUAUGUGGAGACGGAGGGCUACCUCCUGGGCUCGCGAAUCAUCUGUCGCUCACCCACAGCUCGAGAUGUGGCCCCCAUCACACGCAACACACCAGGAGACAAGCGCGUCAUCAAGCUCCAUCUGAAAUCCAAAGAGACGGGCAAGAAGUUUGCCAGCGUGGACUUUGUCUUCUACAACUGUAGUGUCCACCAGUCGUGUCUCUCGUGUGUCAACGGCUCCUUCCCGUGCCACUGGUGCAAGUACCGGCACAUGUGCACCCACAACGCCAACGACUGCUCCUUCCAGGAGGGCCGGGUCAACAUGUCUGAGGAGUGUCCUCAGAUCCUGCCCUCCACGCAGAUCUACAUUCCGGUGGGGGUGAUGAAGCCCAUCACGCUGCUAGCCCGGAACCUUCCGCAGCCGCAGUCGGGUCAGCGCAACUACGAGUGCAUCUUCCACAUCCAGGGCUCGGUGUACAGCGUCACGGCUCUGCGCUUCAACAGCACCAGCAUCCAGUGCCAGAAGACCACGUAUGACUACGAAGGAAAUGACAUCAGCGACUUACCUGUCGACCUCUCUGUGGUAUGGAAUGGCAACUUUGUUAUCGACAACCCUUACAACAUACAAGCUCACCUGUAUAAGUGCUACGCGCUGCGCGACAGCUGCGGGAUGUGUCUGAAGGCGGACCCGCGGUUCGAGUGCGGCUGGUGCGUGCAGGAGAGGAAGUGCUCGCUGCGGCAGGAGUGCUCUCCGCCUGAGAGCAGCUGGAUGCACGCCAACGCCGCCGGCAACAGCCGAUGCACCCACCCCAAAAUCACCAAGGUGUUUCCAGAAACGGGCCCCAAACAGGGUGGCACGCGCCUCACCAUCAUCGGAGAGAACCUGGGCCUCCAGUUCCACGACAUCCGGGCGGGCGUUCGCCUGGGGCCCGUGCCCUGCGUCCCCAUCGAGGAGGAGUACGUCAGCGCGGAGAGGAUCGUUUGCAUGCUGGGUGACGCCACUGGCUACCCGUCCCAACAGACCACCACCCUAGAGGUGUGUGUGAACGAGUGCCAGCCAGAGUACCGCGCCCUGAAGCCCCGCACCUUCGCCUUCGUGUCUCCCUUCUUCACGCGCGUGGUACCGGCCCAGGGCCCCAUCUCUGGGGGCACUAGGAUCACCAUCGAGGGCAGUCACCUCAAUGCCGGCAGCUCUGUGUCCAUCAGCAUAGGCCGCCAGCCCUGCCUCUUCAAGAAGAGAACCUCCAAAGAGAUCGUGUGCAUGACCCCAGCUGGGCUGGCCCCUGGCAGCGUGCCCGUCAUGGUGGACAUUGACUCGGCCGACCUGCGCAACCCCGAGGUGCGGUUCAACUACACGGAGGACCCCACCAUCCUUCGCAUCGAGCCCGACUGGAGCAUCGCCAGUGGAGGAACCCCCUUAAUUGUCAGCGGCACCAACCUGGCCACCAUCCGAGAGCCCAAGAUCCGGGCCAAGUACGGCUCAGCCGAGUCCUUCCACAACUGCACCGUCUUCAACAACUCGGUGAUGGUGUGUCUGGCUCCCUCUGUGGCCGACUCGGAGCGCGGCUUCCCGGAGACGGGCAGCGGGCCGGACGAGAUCGGCUUCUACAUGGACAACGUGCACGCGCUGGUGGUGGUGAACGAGAGCUUCAGCUACUACCCAGAUCCCGUCUUUGAGCCGCUGAGCCCCACCGGAAUCCUGGAGCUCAAGCCCACCUCGCCCCUCAUCCUCAAGGGUCGUAACCUGGUCCCAGCGGCCCCAGGGAACCCCCGGCUUAACUACACGGUGUUCAUCGGCGAGACGCCGUGCGUGCUGACCCACUCGGAGAGCCAGCUGCUGUGUGAAUGGCCCAACCUGACCGGCCAGCACAAAGUCACGAUCCGGGCUGGAGGCUUCGAGUUCUCGCCGGGCACGCUGCAGAUCUACUCGGACAGCCUGCUCACGCUGCCCGCCAUCAUCGGCAUCGGCGGGGGCGGCGGCCUGCUGCUGCUGGUCAUCAUCGCCGUGCUCAUCGCCUACAAGCGCAAGUCGCGUGACGCCGACCGCACCCUGAAGCGCCUGCAGCUGCAGAUGGACAACCUGGAGUCGCGCGUGGCCCUGGAGUGCAAAGAAGCGUUCGCCGAGCUGCAGACGGACAUCCACGAGCUGACCCAGGAGCUGGACGGCGCGGGCAUCCCCUUCCUGGACUACCGCACCUACGCCAUGCGAGUCCUGUUCCCGGGCAUCGAGGACCACCCUGUGCUGAAGGAGAUGGAGGUACGGGUGCAGGCCAACGUGGAGAAGGCCCUGACGCUGUUCGGCCAGCUGCUGACCAAGAAGCACUUCCUGCUGAGCUUCAUCCGCACGCUGGAGGCGCAGCGCUCCUUCUCCAUGCGCGACCGCGGCAACGUGGCCUCUCUCAUCAUGACCGCGCUGCAGGGCGAGAUGGAGUACGCCACCGGCGUCCUCAAGCAGCUGCUCUCCGACCUCAUCGACAAGAACCUGGAGAGCAAGAACCACCCCAAACUGCUGCUGCGCAGGACGGAGUCUGUUGCUGAGAAAAUGCUCACCAACUGGUUCACCUUCCUGCUGUACAAGUUCCUAAAGGAGUGUGCCGGGGAGCCCCUCUUCAUGCUGUACUGUGCCAUGAAGCAGCAGAUGGAGAAGGGCCCCAUUGACGCCAUCACGGGCGAGGCGCGCUACUCCCUCAGCGAGGACAAGCUCAUCCGCCAGCAGAUCGACUACAAGACCCUGACUCUCCACUGUGUAAACCCGGAGAAUGAGAAUGCCCCGGAGGUGAUGGUCAAGUGCCUGAACUGCGAUACCAUCACCCAGGUGAAGGAGAAGCUCCUGGACGCUGUGUACAAGGGCAGUCCCUACUCACAGCGGCCCAAGGCUGGGGACAUGGACCUGGAGUGGCGCCAGGGCAGGAUGGCUCGAAUCAUUCUCCAAGACGAGGACGUCACCACGAAGAUUGACAAUGACUGGAAGCGCUUAAACACACUCGCUCACUAUCAGGUUACAGACGGGUCAGCCGUUGCCCUUGUGCCAAAGCAGAACUCUGCCUACAACAUCUCCAACUCCUCAACAUUCACUAAAUCUCUUAGCAGAUAUGAGAGCAUGCUGAGGACGGCCAGCAGCCCAGACAGCCUGCGUUCCCGGACGCCCAUGAUCACUCCAGACCUGGAGAGCGGCACCAAGCUGUGGCACCUGGUCAAGAACCACGACCACUCAGACCAGCGGGAGGGGGACCGCGGCAGCAAGAUGGUGUCCGAGAUCUACCUGACCCGUCUGCUGGCUACCAAGGGUACGCUACAGAAGUUUGUGGAUGACCUUUUCGAGACGAUCUUCAGCACAGCUCACCGGGGCAGCGCCCUGCCUCUGGCUAUUAAGUACAUGUUCGACUUCCUGGACGAGCAGGCGGACAAGCACCAGAUCACUGACCUCGACGUCAGACACACCUGGAAGAGCAACUGCUUACCGCUCCGCUUCUGGGUGAACGUCAUCAAGAACCCCCAGUUCGUCUUUGAUAUCCACAAGAACAGCAUCACUGACGCCUGUCUAUCAGUGGUGGCACAGACCUUCAUGGACUCCUGCUCCACCUCCGAGCACAAACUGGGCAAAGACUCGCCCUCCAACAAGCUGCUCUACGCUAAAGACAUCCCCAACUACAAGAACUGGGUGGAGAGGUACUACUCGGACAUCGCCCGCAUGCCGGCCAUCAGUGACCAGGACAUGAGUGCCUACCUGGCGGAGCAGUCCCGGCUGCACCUCAGCCAGUUCAACAGCAUGAGCGCGCUGCACGAGAUCUACUCCUACAUCGUCAAGUACAAAGACGAGAUCUUGUCCGCACUACAGAAGGAUGACCAGGCUCGCCGGCAGAGACUCCGCAGUAAGCUGGAGCAGGUCAUCGACACCAUGGCGCUGUCCAGCUGAGAACCGCUCGGCCAGCAGCGGUGGAACUGGAGAACCCUCUUAA